AUGACGGUUUCAAAGUCUCAGGCACCCUCUUCAUCCUCGUCGUCGCAUCUUUCGAUCCUAAGCACGCAUCCGCAUCCGCAUCCGCAUUUGCACCCGCACCAACUGAAGAACAGCGCGCUUGCUUGUGCUAGUGUCACCAAGACGACGGUGGAUACGAGAUCUACCAUGGACGCAUUCCCAUCGAUGUUGAAAGGAAGCGGUGGUGAGAAGUCUAGUGGCGUUUCCUCCAAGAACCCGUCAUCUUGGGAUCCGCAAGACGACAUCCUACUGCGCCAUUUGAAAGAGGUGAAAAAACUAGGUUGGAAAGACAUUUCGCAAUACUUUAACAACAGAACUCCGAACGCAUGCCAGUUCAGAUGGAGAAGGCUAAAGUCGGGAAAUCUAAAGUCCAACAAGACAGCUCACAUAGACGUGAGCGAUUUCCCCAGCGGAAACAAACUUAAGAAGGAAAGCUCAUCUGAGACUCAGAUCGAUAUCCAAGGUGAGAAAAAUGUCAAUUCUCCACACUACGCUUCUGGUGUCUCGGGGAAGUCUUCGCUGGCCAUACCUAUACCGAAUCUGAGUGCGAAUGGUAGCAACGUAUCAAAAGGUGUAGAGUUCAAACCGCAGGUACAAUCACAGCUGCAACCGUUGACGCAAUCACAGUCACAACCCCAGUCUCAGUCGCUUAGCGGCAACGGCUCUUCCAAUUUCUCACAUUCGUAUUCCAAAUCUCCUUAUGUGAACAUCCACUCAACAUCAAAUCCACCGGCGGAUCUCCCAAAUGGUUCGGCAUUAACAGAUAGCAAUGGAGCGGGCUCCAAAUUUUUUAAAGCUAGGUCAAAUUCUCACUCUUUUUCAAAGCCCUUUUCAUCUGCGGAUGAAGAGAACAUUGGAUUUAUACCGAAGAUUAUUGUAAGAUCGAGAAGAAGCUCUUUUGCUCAUCCGCAGGUCGUGUCACAACCUUCGUCAGUCAACAAUUCGUCAUCGAAUUUAACCUCAGCUCUGAAUACUACUUUGAACACAAUCAAGUCAAGGAAAAACUCUUUUACGGUCAGAUCUAGAAGAUCUUCAUUCAACGUUUCAAGCAACACGACUUCAAGGAGAUCUUCUGUUGUUGCUGCUCCAAAUUCGCUCUCUGGCAUGCUUAGUAUCAAUAGCGGUUCUUCCACACCAAAAAUUCCAAGAAGAGAUUCGGUUGCUGUUAUCAAAGAGCUUGGUAAUAAUCGCGCAUCUACCCCGAGCUUCAUUGAUUUACCUGCUUCUAGUUUGCCUCCUCAUUUCCAUAGAAGAGCAUCUAGGAGUCACUUCAAACAACGAUUCACUCAACCGCCAUCACAAAAUGGCUCUUGCGUAAGUUGCAACCCCCAGCUUUGGUCUGCGGAGGAAGAUAAACUAUUGAGUGAAAACGGAUCAAGAAAUUUAUCCUUAAUGGAAUUGUCGAUUCUGCUGCCAAAUAGGACUGAGAAAGAAAUUCAAUGGAGAAUUGAUACCCUUUCAAGUGAAAACUCUCCAAAAGCGUCUCAGGGAUCCUCACAUUCUCCUCUUCACUCUCCCAGAAAGUCAGUCUCUCCCGAAGAAACAGCUAUUGACGAGGAUAACUGUGAUACUUGCGAUGAAGCGGAUAAUGCCAAUAAUGAUGAUGAGGAUAUCGAUCCUUUAAAUCAUUCUCAUUCUCACUCUCACUCACCACAUUUGAUGAAUGAGUCUUCGCCAUGCUCAAUAAUCUCGUCAACAACUACCAAUGAAAUUGAAAACGAUCGUCAUGCUUCUAUAGACUCCAACCUAUCAAAUCAUAUCAUAAACCAUAACCACCAUGACCAUGAAUAUAACGAAAAUCAUAAUAUCAAAACAUUUCGCACCCAAAGUCACCCAAACGUAUAUAUUCCAUCCCGUACUGCGACUCCUUUACCAGGUAUAAACGCUAUCUUAAAAGGAACUCUGUAA